GAGUGGUUGAACAGCUACGGAAGAACCUGAUAGUAAAGCAAGAACAACCAGACAAGUUCCAAAUACAGCCAUUGCCACAAUCUGAAAACAAACUACAAACAGCACAGCAGCAACCACUACAGCAGCUACAACAACAGCAGCAGUACCACCACCACCACGCCCAGCAGUCAGCUGUACCCUCUCCCAACUUGACUGCUUCACAGAAGACUGUAACUACAGCUUCUAUGAUUACCACAAAGACACUACCUCUCGUCUUGAAAGCAGCAACUGCGACCAUGCCUGCCUCUGUUGUGGGCCAGAGACCUACCAUUGCUAUGGUGACCGCCAUCAACAGUCAGAAGGCUGUGCUCAGCACUGAUGUGCAGAACACACCAGUCAACCUCCAGACUUCUAGUAAGGUCACUGGGCCUGGGACAGAGGCUGUCCAAAUUGUGGCAAAAAACACAGUCACUCUGCAGGUUCAAGCAACACCUCCUCAGCCCAUCAAAGUACCACAGUUUAUUCCCCCUCCUAGACUCACUCCACGUCCAAACUUCCUUCCACAGGUUCGACCCAAGCCUGUGGCCCAGAAUAACAUUCCUAUUGCCCCAGCACCUCCUCCCAUGCUUGCAGCUCCUCAACUUAUCCAGAGGCCCGUCAUGCUGACCAAGUUCACCCCCACAACCCUUCCCACAUCCCAGAAUUCCAUCCACCCCGUCCGUGUCGUCAAUGGGCAGACUGCAACCAUAGCCAAAACGUUCCCCAUGGCCCAGCUCACCAGCAUUGUGAUAGCUACUCCAGGGACCAGACUUGCUGGACCUCAAACUGUACAGCUUAGCAAGCCAAGCCUUGAAAAACAGACAGUUAAAUCUCACACAGAAACAGAUGAGAAACAAACAGAGAGCCGUACCAUCACCCCACCUGCUGCACCCAAACCAAAACGGGAAGAGAACCCUCAGAAACUUGCCUUUAUGGUGUCUCUAGGGUUGGUAACACAUGACCAUCUAGAAGAAAUCCAAAGCAAGAGGCAAGAACGAAAAAGAAGAACAACAGCAAAUCCAGUGUACAGUGGAGCAGUCUUUGAGCCAGAGCGUAAGAAGAGUGCAGUCACAUACCUAAACAGCACAAUGCAUCCUGGGACCCGGAAGAGAGCCAAUGAGGAACACUGGCCAAAGGGUGAUAUCCAUGAGGAUUUUUGCAGUGUUUGCAGAAAAAGCGGCCAGUUGCUGAUGUGCGACACGUGUUCCCGAGUGUAUCAUCUGGACUGCUUAGACCCUCCUCUGAAAACGAUUCCCAAGGGCAUGUGGAUCUGUCCCAGGUGUCAGGACCAGAUGCUGAAGAAGGAAGAAGCAAUUCCAUGGCCUGGAACUUUAGCGAUUGUUCAUUCCUAUAUUGCCUACAAAGCAGCGAAAGAAGAAGAGAAACAGAAGUUACUUAAAUGGAGUUCAGAUUUAAAACAAGAACGAGAACAACUAGAGCAAAAGGUGAAACAGCUCAGCAAUUCUAUAAGUAAAUGCAUGGAAAUGAAGAACACCAUCCUGGCCCGGCAGAAGGAGAUGCACAGCUCCCUGGAGAAGGUAAAACAGCUGAUUCGCCUCAUCCACGGCAUCGACCUCUCCAAACCUGUAGACUCUGAGGCCACUGUGGGGGCCAUCUCCAACGGCCCGGACUGCACCCCCCCUGCCAACGCCACCACCUCCACGCCGGCCCCUUCCCCCUCCUCCCAGAGUUGCACAGUGAACUGUAACCCCGGGGAAGAGACUAAAUAACAGAGUUCCUCUAGGAGAAGCCACAGGAUCCCAGUGGCAAGGAGGGCAAAACACUGAAGACUCUAGAAAGGCAAAGCCGGAUUUCUUCUGAAAAGUGCAGAAUUCUUUUGGUUCUUUGGUUCCAGAGAGAGAGAAGAUGCUUGUGCCAGGUGGCACCAGAGUUUGCCAAUUGAUCCUUCUUAUUCUGUGUGUACAUGCAAAGAUUGGACCAUGUUACAUGAAAUAGUGCCAGCUGGAGGUUCUUUGCCAGCACCAUGCCAAGUGAAAUAAUAUAUUUACUCUCUCUAUUAUACACCAGUGUGUGCCUGCAGCAGCCUCCACAGCCACGAUGGGUUUGUUUCUGUUUUCUUGGGUGGGGAGCAGGGACGGGCGGAGGGAGGAGAGCAGGUUUCAGAUCCUUACUUGCCGAGCCGUUUGUUGAGGUAGAGAAGACAAGUCCAAAGAAUGUGUGGGCUUUCCUGUUUCUAAACUCUCACUACUAUAAAACCAAAAAAAGGAAUUGAGAUUUAACCAACCCCAGUGCCCAGAAGAGGGAAGGGGAGUGGCUGGGAGGGAGCAGGGGGUGGGAAGGUAGAUUAAAUAAGCAGUAUUUCACACUGUCGGGAGGAGCCUAGUGCGAGGGGAGCUGGACACCAGGAACAGCCAGUAGGGUCUUCUCCCGAGCGCUCCCUCCCGCCGGGUCCCCCCACCGCUCCCGAAGCCUCGCGGUCCGCUCUUUCCCUGCUUGGUGAAUCGCGCAUCCUCAUGGUGAUCCCGUUCUGUCUCCUCUCCAAGAACAAGCAGAGCCCGGGGCGCUGGCCCUUGCCUGAGGCAGGGAAGAAGGGUGUGUGUGUCCCGGAAGGAAAAAAGGUGGAUCAGUGAUUUUACUUGAAAACAAGCUCCAUCCCUUUUCUAUAUUUAUAAGAAGAGAAGAUCCUGAGCGAAGCAGCGCGCGACCCAGGUGUGUGUGAAGUGAAUGGAGACGUUUCUUUUCUCUUUUUUUAAUUUUUGUUUCUGUUAUUUUUUUUCGUUAAAGGAAGUUUUAUUUUAUUGUUCAUUUUACUUUCUUGGUAACAAAAACUAAAAUAAGGAAUAGAAAAGCUGUUUUUCAGACUGACAGUCCAGUUAAGGGUAGUCGAGACCUUGCAUGGUAGAGUAGGAAUCAUAGUGUCAGUGAGGUCCAGUGAGUCUUUGUGAGUCCUUGUGUCAUCGUUUGGGCACUGUUUUUUAUGCAAGGGCAAAAAAAUCUUUGUAUCUGGGGAAAACAACAACAACUUUUUUUUAAAUUAAAAAGGAAAAUAAAAGAUACUGAGGUCUUCCUAGUGUUACUUAAAUUAAGAUCAAGGUAAGAAACAUUGUAAAAAAAAUUACAAAAGUGCUAUUUGUUUCCUAAAAACAGUGAUUUCUAUUAAAAAGGUGUCAGAACUGGAGAAAA